UAAUAAAACUAUGUCCUUUUAUACAUAAAAGACAACAGGCAUCUAGUUUAAUGGUAAAACUUCUACAAUGGCAGAAUAUGUCUGUGAUUACUGCACCCGUACCUUCACCAGAAAGUAUAACCUCGAAACACAUAUAGAGAACUGCCACUUCAACUCCACAUGCUACUGCGAGAUCUGUGACACAAGGUUCGGGAGCCCCGCAGGCCUCCAGCUCCAUCUCAGUCGAGGACACAACCGCUUCAUGCAACCUUACCCCGAAUGCGACAUCUGCGGGAGAAUCUUUACUAGAAAACAAAAUGUUGUCUCACACAUGGUCACGGUUCAUCUCCAAGGUGUCGGGCCUCAGAUACAGUGCCCCACUUGUGGAAAAACAUUUACAACGGAAAGGAACUUGAAAAGACAUGUAAACCAACUACAUAACCCUGAUGUUCAAUACCCAACCUGUGACUACUGCAAGAGAUCCUUUAAAGGCAAACACUCCCUCUUAGCUCAUAUACAGGCGAUUCAUAACGUUUUAAAAGGAAUUAUCAAAUGUCAUCUAUGUGAAAAAGUAUACACAAAUAACAGGAAUUUGAAGCGACAUAUAGAAAUGUAUCACGGAGAAAAAGGAGAGUUCAGAUGUACGCUGUGCCCUAAAGUUUAUACAUCCAAUCAGAGCUUGCGUCGGCACGCCAGAACAAGGCAUAACACAGACCAGGAGUGUAAAGUAGACUUUAACAUGGAACAAGACACUACGGAAUAUUAUAACUAUGACUUUAAAGUACAGCUUCAAGAAUUUAAUUGCGAAUAUUGCGAACAAUUCUUUGAUGACGAAGCUACUUUACGCCGGCAUGUCAAAACCGAUCAUACUUUUAAAAUAUUCUAUGAGUACUGCAGAAAUUCCUUGCUAAAACAGAUGGGGAAGACUGAGAAAGAAAGCUUUUAUAACUGCGAGAAUUGCAAUAGUGUGUUUAACUCUGUAUAUGAACUUAAAGAUCACAUGAGAACCAGUCACGAUAGAGAAUAUUCGCUAUCAACCUGUAACGUUUGCUUCUCAAAGUUUUACAGCAAAGAAACAAUGUUUGAGCAUAAAAAGAUUUGCCUGCCACCGCCAAAUGUAAACCACUGCAAUUAUUGUGACAAAUUAUUUACAGACAUCUCAAGUCUUGAGUUUCAUAUCAGGAUUUUCCAUCCCCAAGCGCAAAUAGCUGACAACGACGUGUCAUCGACUAACCCUGAAGACACUGAGGCUGGUUUUAAAUGUCCUCACUGCGACAGGAUGUACUACAGUGACCGCUCUUUAAAGCACCAUAUGAAACUCAAACAUACUACGGAUGAAGUUGUGGCUUGUGGAUUGUGUGGAAAAAUCUGUAACAACAAAUAUUAUCUAGCAUCCCACAUCAAAAUUGUACACAACAACGACUCCUGGUCCAAAUGUGACUAUUGUGAGAAACAAUUUAAAUCUAAAAGGAAUAUUCGUCGUCACAUUGAGUAUACACAUUUAGGUAUGCAGCGCUACAAAUGCAUUGAAUGCGAGACGCUUUUUAAAGAGAAAAGGAGCCUAAGGAAGCACGUUCGGACUAAGCAUCCCAACUCUACAGUAUUCCCGCAGUGUCAUAUCUGUUACAAGCGCUUCGAAUCUGCAAAAUCCUGCAAGAUUCAUCUCAAGUUAAUCCAUUCUUUCAACAUGAACACAUACCCCUGCGAUCGUUGCUCUGUAUCCUUCAGUUCCAAUGAAGCGUUAUCAAUUCAUCUCCAAACGAAACACUUGGCUAAAGACCAGAUAUUCAAAUGCGAACCGUGUAACCUAGUCUUCACGGGACAGGACAAAUUUGAACAACACAACGAAAUAUUUCACGUAGUACCGAACGUAACACAAAAGGUUUUACCCUGCUGCAUAUUAUGUAUGAAGGAUUUCAGUACCCGAAAAACUUUGAAGCGUCAUAUCAAGAAGUUCCAUAACGAUUUCGACGCGGAAGAACUAGCAACAUAUGGUUCUAAGAAACGCAUGUUUAAUAUAGAUUGCGAGGAAUGUAUACAGAAUUUCAACAACGAUUUUUACUUAGAUAUAUAUCAGAAGCUUAAGCAUUUGAAAGACUCUAUUGUUUUUAAAUGCGAGAACUGUUCAUCUUCUUAUAACUGCUUGGAAUAUUCAAUACAGAGGCAUAAGACGACCAAUAUGGAAGCAUGUAAGAGUAAGAUGAUUUUAAGUGAGUUGUGUACUGCGGAGAUGAGUGAUGAGGCUUCUAAUAGUGGUCGGGUGGAGUCAGUGGAAGCGGAGAGCACCACGGGUGAUAUAAAUGUGAAAGAAGAGCCUAUGGAGGUGGAAGAUAUUGUGAAGACUGAACCUAUGUCACUAUGAAUAUAAAUAAAUUAAGUAUGUAUUACAAUUUUAUUAUAAUUAGGGCAAACGCAACUAAGGUCAAUAUGGCUAAUUUCGUCAUAGGGACUAUUCCGUCCACGAGCGUAUAUUUCUUUGAUUUUCAAAUGUAGGAAAAAAACAUGUUUUUGAUUGCUGAAACUAAAAUAAAUCGCUGCUUUGUCGACGAAAUUAUGUUGUUUGUUGUUCGAGAAAAACGCUAGUGAACGGAAUAGCCCCUAUGACGGAAUUAACCACAUUGACUUUAUAUUAGAGUAGAGGUAAUAUAAGAUUGGCUUUUCGGCUAACAUAAAAAUAUGGAACAAAGUUGUUUAUACGACAACGGUUUCACUCUUGAAUUUUUAGUCGCUAUUGACUAAAAAUUCAAGUGAGUGAAACCGUUGUUGUAUAAACAAUUUAAAAUAUGUCUCACGAAAGUUUAAUAUCCAUUGGAACAAAGUUAUAUUGACUGUAUCUCAAAAACCUAUUUACAUAAGGCAAUAAUUAGUAUUAUAUAAAUUAUGUAAGAAUCUACUUAAGAUCAACAUAUUUUUAUUUACUUUUCAUAUUUUUAAAAUCAUAUAUUCACAUUUUCAUCUUAACAUCAGCGACGAGUUAAUAAUAAGGAUUGUUCCGAAAAAUCCGUUUUCUUUGCGAUAGAAGUGUAUAUCAAAAUGGGGCAUUUUAGCUCUAAAUCCAAUAGAGGGUUUUCUCAAUGUUCCAGAGCUUUUAACACCUUCCUGAAUUGGGUUAUUGCCACUAGUUACCACUAAGUUGCCACUAGCUACUGGUAAGUAGUGGUAACUACUGGGAAUUUUUUUCCCACAUUUUACCACUGGUAACCAAACCGAGGAUUUUUUUUCCCCAUGGGAGAAAACUUCCCAGUAGUUACCACUGGUAACUAGUGGCAAGUUGGUGGUAACUAGUGGGAAUAACAUCCUGAAUUUGGUAACUAUCGAGCGAUACGUAGAAGGGAGAUGGUUUUAUCCAUCGUGUCACUCGUAGUGCGGCGUCCCUUUUUUGUGCAGAGAUUGUAAAUCUUUAUUAUUUACUUGUCUUUUUAAAAUAUAAGUAUUAGGGUGACUACCAUAAGUAUUAUAAUUUUGUAUGUGUAGUAUUUAAGAAGGGAGCUACCUAUACAAUCACGUCUAUAGAUUACAGUCAAAGAAUUUGGUUUCAGACCCAUUUCGUACCUUAUCACGUGAUAAUCAAACAAUCCGGAUGCCGACUUAUUCACUGACAGGUUGGGGAAAUUUAUCAUUGCCACCAUCUUCUUCUUCUUCCUCGCGUUAUCCCGGCAUUUUGCCACGGCUCACAUAGGAGCCUGGGGUCCGCUUGACAACUAAUCCCAUGAUUUGACGUAGGCACUAGUUUUUACGAAAACGACUGCCAUCUGACCUUCCAACCCAGAGGGGAAACUAGGCCUUAUUGGGAUUAGUCCGGUUUCCUCACGAUGUAUUCCUUCACCGAAAAGCGACUAGUAAAUAUCAAAUGAUAUUUCGUACAUAAGUUCCGAAAAACUCAUUGGUACGAGCCGGGGUUUGAACCCGCGACCUCCGGAUUGCAAGUCGCACGCUCUUACUGCUAGGCCACCAUGUCUGCUCUAAACCACACCGAACUCAUAUCAUAUCAUAUUUAUUCAUCAACUAUACAAGAUUGUGUUUGAAAUGCACAUAAAAUACAAUUGCAAUAAAAUACAAUAGAAUAAACAACAUUUGAAAAUAAUAUUAACAAUAAUAGUAAGCACUAUAUAUAUAGUAACAUAUUUUAGCCAUUAUAUAUAGGACGACAUUCAAAGCUCUAGUUAAUAUUAAAUUUUUACCUUUGUAGGCUAUGCCGCUAUUUGUAUUUGUUUUCCUAUCUGCUUCCUAAUUCUAUUUGUUUUGUUUUCACUGUAUUUGAGUUUUUACUUCUUUGAAUUUAUAAUUUGUUAAUGUGUCUUAUUUUCUAUUUUACCGUGUAAGCGUAUUGGUAAACUACUGUAAGCUUAUAUGAGAGAAAUAAAUGGUAUUGUAUUGUAUUGUAAUCAAUAAAAGUCCCUGAUAGACCUCCAUAGAGUGGAGACCUAAUACUAUGAUAACUGUGACAAAGCACAAAAGUAAAAGGAAAGACUUCAAAACCACUGCAACGAAUUAGCCAGAAACCUGUUAAACGACACACGACGACGACGACGUGUGGUGUGUGCGUGUGGUGUGUGUUAUGCUCGCUCCAUCGUAGGCCACGUCUACGCCUCGGCUAGUCUGUGGCCAUGAGUAAGCCCAUUCAUAAUAAAAAGAAAAAAAACAAACGAACAAGACUACAUACGGAGGCUAAAAAGAUGGCACAUCCUAGGACUAGACCAGAGAUAAGCCCCAUGUAAACUGGUGAUGGCGCUCAGUGGAACAACACCCUAAAUAGCAACUUAAAAAGAAGAAACAAACCAUCUCAUUAUGGGUAGAACAGCCGACUGCAGAUUUAAGAUGAUAAAAAAAACCGGGCAAGUGCGAGUCGGACUCGCGCACGAAGGGUUCCGUACCAUAAUGCAAAAAACGGCAAAAAAAAAAACGGUCACCCAUCCAAGUACUGACCCCGCCCGACGUUGCUUAACUUUGGUCAAAAAUCACGUUGUAUGGUAGCCCCACUUAAAUCUUUAUUUUAUUCUGUUUUUAGUAUUUGUUGUUAUAGCGGCAACAGAAAUACAUCAUCUGUGAAAAUUUCAACUGUCUAGCUAUCACGGUUCGUGAGGUACAGCCUGGUGACAGACGAACGGACGGACGGACAGCGAAGUCUUAGUGAUAGGGUCCCGUUUUACCCUUUGGGUACGGAACCCUAAAAAAGGACAAAAUGGGUAGGAUAUUAAAUUCUUUGACUGUACAUCGUGGUUGCUAAUAACCCUAUCGGUUUUAAGGGUCACACAAACUGGCGGCGGCUAGGUUCGUC